AUGCUCUCGCUCAGCUUUACUAUGCACCGCUUCUUAUGCAGCGCCAUGACCUUUGCUUCACUUUUUGAGCCCGAUAGCAGAGGCCACUCCAUCCCCGAAACUGCUUCCUUCGAGUGUGUUUGGGCUCGCGUGCCGCGUGCGAGUCAUCGUGAGCUCAAUUCAGUUCAUAUCAAACAAGAGGGAGGCACUUCAAAAUCUUACUUUAAAGUUUCUGGGUCUGACAUGGUGCUCUACUUUUCUGGCGACCCCGUUAUUCUUUCUGUUGCGGUGAGUGAUGUGAUCAUGUUUCAGCUUCGCCCGUCGGUGUUUGGGGCGAACAGCGCCCCUGUGCUAGCGAAGGGCACGAUAGAUCCUACGCUUUAUACCGAAAAGCCUAGGACAAGCUACCUCAUUAGUCUACGUGAUGCAUUGGAGGAAGUUCUAGGAACGCUUUCCCUUUCGUUGAAAGUCAACAUUGACAGUGGUUCACGAGUGACGGACUCACACUCGACGCGCAAUCAUGAUAGUCAAUACCCGCACCCGCUACAGUUGAUGAGUUCCCCAGAAUUACUUGAACGUGACUUAUCACACCGUAAUCGGAUGCCUUAUACUACCUCCAUUGCUAGCUCUAGGGGUCAACUUAUAGAGUACAGGAACGAUGAAGGAAGAAUGGAUCAGCAGGUCCUUGAACUGGUCCUUGAGCACGUAAAAUUAGAUUCAGAUUCCGCCGAUGCUGCUCGUGUGCUACCUUUUGUGCCAAAGGCGGAGUACAACAUGAAAGUACAAUAUGGUGGCAUCACGUAUACCACAAGCCGCGUAGUGUGCGACACACCUAAAGAAGUUAAUUUUCUAAAACAAAAAAUUUACAUCACGAUGCUACCAUCUGGUAGUCGCGAGAAACUGCGAUUCUCGCUUUGGGAAAACGGUAGACAGGUGUCGGGGUUUUCUGUUGAUCUGAUGAAGUUACGCGCGGAUGCGGGGCUGUCGACCGAGUACACGGUUCCCUUCCGUCAUCACCCCACACAGCGAAGUGUUGCACUUGGCCUUUCGGUACGUAAAACCGGUGCAAUAGGUGUACAAGCAUCGCAGAGCUCCAUGACGCCCCUUAGGCGGUCCUCCCUCUCUAGUGUGCCCAUACCAAAGCUUUUGGGGUCGCGUGAGAGUGAUGUCCUUUCCUCAUCCGUAUCAGGGGUGUUGAAGAGAGGGGGUGGGGGUGCCACAUCCAGCCAUCCACUUUGCGAGUCUCCCUCCCAAGAGCUGCAGGGCCCGAGCCGAGCUUCGACCUCACAACACCCGACAUCGUUCAACAAGACAUCGUUGAGUCGUUUAGAAAACAAAAGUGACACCAACGGUGUCAUCCAUUCGCGUGUUGAGGAUAAAGUUGAAAGGAAUUUAGACAAUCGGCGAAGCAUGUGGGCUUCAAAUGUGGUGUCCUCUGAUGUGAGGGAUCCGAGGGGUCACGUCUCUCGUGAGUGGCGUCCAUCCGUCGUAGCCGCGAAGGGCUCCCCAGCAGCUUCCAGGCGCGGCUCUCAUUCCAUCGCCUCCGCCGCCUCCUCACGUCUGAACUCGGCGGAGCGAGGCCGAGGAUCCCCUGCGGUGCGGAGCACGCGGAGGGUGUUGUCGAUCGACAUGGAGAACUCCAUGGGGAGGCUUCCGUACGAACACCACUGCGGCACCCCUCUGCGGCAGAGCCUCCCAACCAGCGGGGGCGCCGUGGCCGCAACGAGCGAGCUCGAGGCGUUCCUCUACGAGGUGGUGAACCGCAUUGAGCAGCGGCGGGCUCGCGCCGAGAAGCGGUACGACUCCUCGUUGAGCGACGACUGGAGGGCGUGGAAUGCGGAGAUGGCAGGGCGGCGCGUUGUGCAGACGCCCUCCGUCUCGUUAAAUGGCCGGGACCGCAGCCACAGCCGUGGCGGAUCGCUGCGCUCGAGAGCUUCCCCCCGGUCGUCCAUAUCUCCGGCGAGUAUGUCACCCGGCUAUCGCCCCGUGCGCGCUCUUUAUACGCAGGAGCAUCGGACGUUAAGUCAUUUCUCACACCGGAAGUCAAAGGAUCAAUCGUCGUCUUUCUGGUGA